AGUCGCCGGCGCCAGACAGAGCAGACCGAUGGCUGCGGUCUUUCAGCGUCAACUAUACUAGAAACUCUUUUAAUUUUACCGCAGAUUGAGUGGAGUGGUGCUAUGUCUUCGGGAAUGACUGGGCAAACACCGUGCCUAACCAGCCGUUGGGAUCAGCCAGCCCAGCCUAAACAGAGUGUAGAUGUUCGGCAGCAGAGGAGUAGUGAAAAUGCAGCACACCCUGUCUCUUUAUCAGGAGUCGUCAGCACUGCUGGGCCAAACAGCACAGUUUCCCAGCCACCAGAAGCGGGAGGGAAGCCAGCACCUCAGGGAGGAGUUGAAAUGGCUGCAGCAAUGGCUGCUAAGAUAAAUGCCAUGUUGAUGGCAAAAGGAAAGCUGUUAACACCUCCACCGUUACUUGCAAAGACUCCUCCAGUUGUGCCUGUCCUAGCUGCUACAGAAGAGAUGGUGGUCACAGAGGUUGACAUAAAUGAUGUACCAUUAAAUUGCAGGGAUCUUCUUACUAAAGGCAAAACACAGGAGGAGAUUCGACAGAUAAGUGGUGCUGUCGUCUCAACAAAAGGUCACUACAUGACUGAUACUGAAAAGGGAAAAGGAGGAGGACAAAGACCUUUGUAUUUGCAUGUCCAGGCAAAGACACAAGAGCAGGUCAAUAAGGCUGUGAUGAAGAUAAAGGAGAUCAUCUCUGAGGAUGUGCUGAGGGCCUCAGCAGCAUCAGGAGGAACGCAGGUGCCUGUAAUGCCGCCGCUCACCCUCUACCCCCAGCCUCCUCGACCCGUCAUUCCCACUGCUGUGCCACGGAUGCCAAACGCCAACUCACUGCCAGGCCAGGGACAUCGGCCUGCAGCCCCUCAUUCAGGGAGCUUUGUGCACACAAAGAUUUUUGUGGGUCUAGACCAGGCAUUGCCUUCAUUCAACGUAAAUGAAAAGGUCGAGGGUCCAGGAGGUUCCUACUUGAGCCACAUCCAGACAGAGACAGGAGCGCGAGUCUUCCUCAGGGGAAAAGGUUCUGGCUACAUAGAACAGGCAUCAAAACGAGAAUCUUUUGAGCCUCUUUAUGUCUACAUCAGCCACCCAAACGCAGCUGGAUUGGAGUCCGCGAAGAAACUCACUGAGAGUCUGCUGGAAACUGUGAGAGCUGAACAUGCCCGACUGGUCUCAACUUACACAGCGACAGGCUCAACACAACCAUACGCAGCACAUGGAUUUCCACCUAAUAGCAAUUACUCUAGCCAGGGGUCCUGGUAUAACUACCCAGCAAAUGGGUAUGCUGGCGGCUAUUCAGCGUACCCAGGAGCCAGUGGUUAUUGGAGUAAUGCAAAUGGUCCCCCAAGUCAUUCUAACAUGUCGACAAACCCUCCAUCUUCUCAGGCAAUGGUUCAGUAUCCGGUGUGUCCUAGGAAACCGCAUCCCUAUCUUGUCCAGGAACCGGGCAGCAGUGAGAGUGUGGAGCCUGAUGGAUCUUUAAACAGCCCCUCUGACUCAGGAAGUCCCAAACGUCAUUUCCAGGAGGGGGCUAAGGAUGAACAGCCGGCCAGCAGCUCGCCAGAGGGUCCUGCUCAUCAGAAGUCCACUCCUCCUUCAUCCAGCAUUGGAGAAGAGAAAGUAGUAGAAAGGAUUCUGAUGCCUCCGCCGCCGCCUCCCUUCGUGGCUCCUGCCCCUGUUACACGCAAAAGGCUGAGAGAUGCAGUGACAGACGACCCAGCUACUCUGUCCAGCAGCGCCGCAUCAAUGGGUGUUCAAGAGGAGGUGUGGGAGAAGAAGUCUAAAGUGGACGAAGAUACAUCAGGACUAGUGCCGUAUGGAGGAGAUUCCUCCGACGAAGAGGAGGAGAGGACACACAGCAGUAAGACCGAUAACUCAUAACCUCUGCCCUGCCCCAUCCCCACUGUCCAGGAUACUCACAGACCCAAAGUCUACACUCAGUAUAUCAACACGGUUCUCAAACUCAAACUCCACAGAGGGAAAAGUCCACCCUUGUAUUACCAUACACUGUUUCAGGACUAUGCCAGUGUUUUACUAUGUUUUACCCCAUUCACAACAAAAUAAUAUUCUUUGACCGAUGAAAUGUCCACUCUUUAGACAUUUUUUUCCUUCUCAGCUGAUAUGUUUUUUUUUUUUUGUUUUUUUUUAUUCCUAUGGGUUUUAGGGGCACUUCUAUGACAUCUCUGGUAACACUUCAAGUUUUGUUAUCCAUUUUAACACUUUAAAGAUACAAAAAAAGGACACUGUCAGUACACUUGGGGUUUAUAGUCUUAAAGUGCAUGAUUAGUAAGCAGUCUGAACAUGUAAAAAUUACUGACACGGUUAUGGAAUUAUAACCAGUUUUUGGUGCUUUACUGGACUCUUAAGAAACGUGUUUUUAUUUCCUAGUCCUUUUUGUAGAUUUUCAUUUCAUUUGGGAAUUUGAAAGAUGGGGUUUUAGAAAUAUCUAAUCAUUUCUAAAGUGUUGAUCUCCCUUAUGUCAGUUCUGUAUUGAGAGCCUUUUUUUUCUUUAAAAAAAAAAAACUGAAUCUAAAUUGUACACUUCCCAGUGUUUUAAAAAGCAGAAAAAAAUCUGUUAACAAUAACCUUUCAAAAAAAAAAAAAAAACAGAUUGAGAAAAGUAAAGCACAUCAUCAGUUGCCACUUUCAACAGUGUGUAAGUAUUCAGGGUGGGCUUUUCCUUUUUAAAGAUGUGAAUACAAUUGUAUAAUAAUUACAAAUUAAUUUUGUUUUUUUGGAAAUACUUUUAUUUCUUUUUUUUUCCAUGAAUUUUUUUGUUAAUCAAAAACAAGCCCUUUUGAAUUCCAACACCUGGUCUGCUGCAGUUUAAAUACAUAUUGUACAAUUCAGUGAAACCUUUUCUUAUCUUGGAAAAUGGUGUAUGCCUGUUCCCAUGGAAUACUAUAAUAAAAACAACUGAAAAUAA